AUGGCCCAGCCCUUGUCCCGGCCCCUCGUCCUAUCCCCAUCCAGCCCUUGGCCCCCAGCCCCGCCCUCGCCCCGCUUCCCAAAUCGGUCCCAGCCCCGGCCUGAGUCCCAGCGAAUGCCCAGGUCCAGGUCCCAACCCAGGCCCCCGCUCCAGUCCCAGUCCCUGUGCCUUUCCUGGCCCCUAACCCCGCCUAUGCCCGUGUUCCACCUUCUGUCACAAAUCCCAGCCCAUCCCCUGUCCCGACCCCAUUCCCAGUGUUUGCUUAAGCCCCAGGCCCAAACCCUACCCUUGCUCCAGUCCCCAUCACAGCCCCUCCUUCCAUCCCUUUCCCUGCCCUUGUUCAAACCCCAGUGCCUAGCACAGCCCAAUCCAUUAUCUCAGCCUUUGCCCUCGUCUCUGUGUUUACCGAAGUCUCUCCCACUACCCACCCCUGUCUCUCAUACCGUGCCCCUCUCCCAGCCUCGACUCAGGUCUGGGCUCCAGCUGUCGCCCGCCUUAUUGCUGCUGUUGCUGUUCUCUGUCCUUGGCCCAGGGGCUGGAGGCCUCUUCCUGACUGACUACUCCACCUGCUCACCCCGCAAGCUGAGUCCCUUCCGCUCCUUUGCCAGCACCGAGCUCUUCCACUUCCACGUUCCCGAGGACACGUUCCUGGCUGUUUGGAACCUCAUCAUCUUCAAGGAGCAGGGGGGAACUUUUGGGGACCACUGUCCAGACCAAAGUGUGACUGUGUAUUUCCGGUCCGGGGCACCCCCUGUCAUCAAUCCCCUGCACACACACUUCCCGGGGGACACAGCUGUGCCUGGGGUUUUCUCACUGACCCUCAGCUGGACACUGCCCAACCGCACCUCAGGCAUCUUUAACGUCAGCAGCCCCUUACCUGGGGACUGGUUCUUGGCUGCCCACCUUCCCCAGGCCCACGGCCACAUCUCUGUCAAGGGUCUCCAGGAUGAGUGUCAGUACCUCCUUCAGCCGCAGCUGAUUGUCCGGCGUUUGCUGGAUGUUGCUGUGCUGGUGCCUGGCCGUCCCUCAGAGCAAACCCUCUCCCCGCACAAUCGCUCAGCCCUGUACAAGGUCUUUGUGCCCAGCUUUACUUACAGGGUUUCAGCACAGCUGGUAUGUGUGGGGAGCCGCGGGGCAUCGGUCUGCCCCCUGACACUGCGCCUACGUCCCAAGGCCCCACCCCUGCACAACUCAAGCUCUGUAUCCUGUGGAGGUGCCUCGAUGUGCCAGCUGGAGCUGGCACUCCCCCCCUGGGGACACUGGGUCUACGUGCGUGUGGAGAUACCAUCCCGGGGUCCUGGCAGGACCAUCCGCUUCCAGCUGUGUGUGCGGUUGCAAGAGUGCCCGCAGCCCAGCCUGUCCCGUGUCCUGGUCCCUGGAGCUGCCAUGAACAUGCCCCAGUCACUGGGCAACCAACCACUGCCCCCAGAGCCGCCAUCCCUGGGGGCCUCUCCUGAAGGGCCUGGGGCCACAUCUCCACCAGAGCACUGCUGGCCAGUGCGCCCAACGCUGCGUAAUGAACUGGAUACCUUCUCUGUCCACUUCUACAUCUUCUUUGGCCCCAGCGUGGCCCUCCCCCCUGAGCGCCCGGCAGUGUUUGCCCUGAGGCUGCUGCCAGUGCUGGACAGUGGGGGCGUCCUCAGCCUGGAGCUCCAGCUCAAUGUGAGCUCCCUGCGCCAGGAAAACGUGACAGUGUUCGGAUGCCUGACUCACGAGGUGCCCUUGAGCCUGGGGGAUGCAGCAGUGACCUGUUCUAAAGAGUCCCUGGCUGGCUUCCUCCUUUCCGUCAGUGCCACUUCCAGAGUGGCCAGGCUGCGAAUCCCCUUCCCACAGACUGGGACCUGGUUCCUGACCCUCCGCUCUCUGUGCGGCGUGGGGCCUCGGUACGUGCGGUGCCGGAACGCUACGGCUGAGGUGCGGCUGCGCACUUUCCUUUCCCCUUGCGUGGACGACUGCGGGCCCUAUGGCCAGUGCAAGCUGCUGCGCACGCACAACUACCUGUACGCGGCCUGCGAGUGCAAGGCCGGGUGGAGGGGCUGGGGCUGCACUGACAGUGCAGAUGCGCUCACUUAUGGAUUCCAGCUGCUGUCCACACUUCUGCUCUGCCUGAGCAACCUCAUGUUUUUGCCACCCGUGGUCCUGGCCAUUCGGAGCCGAUAUGUGCUGGAGGCUGCUGUCUACACCUUCACCAUGUUCUUCUCCACGUUUUACCAUGCCUGUGACCAGCCAGGCAUUGUGGUUUUCUGCAUCAUGGACUACGAUGUGCUGCAGUUCUGUGAUUUCCUGGGCUCCUUAAUGUCGGUGUGGGUCACUGUCAUUGCCAUGGCUCGUUUACAGCCUGUGGUCAAGCAGGUGCUGUAUUUGCUGGGGGCUAUGCUGCUGUCUAUGGCUCUACAGCUUGAUCGGCAUGGACUCUGGAACCUGCUCGGACCCAGUCUCUUCGCCCUGGGGAUCUUGGCCACAGCCUGGACAGUACGCAGCGUCCGCCGCCGGCAUUGCUACCCACCCACAUGGCGCCGCUGGCUUUUCUACCUGUGCCCGGGCAGCCUUAUUGCAGGCAGUGCUGUCCUACUCUAUGCUUUUGUGGAGACCCGAGACAACUACUUCUACAUUCACAGCAUUUGGCAUAUGCUCAUCGCUGGCAGUGUGGGCUUCUUGCUGCCCCCACGUGCCAAGACUGACCACCGGGUCCCAUCUGGAGCCCGGGCCCGGGGCUGCGGUUACCAGCUGUGCAUCAAUGAGCAGGAGGAGCUGGGCCUUGUGGGCCCAGGAGGGGCCACUGUCAGCAGCAUCUGUGCCAGCUGAGGGGGGGCUUUGGGCCUGGCCCUUGGGGAAUAUGAACCCUUCCUAGGGGCAGAGAGCCCUUCGUGGGAAUGCGGAGCCGUCCCAGGGAUAAGAGACAGGUUGUGUUUCUAGAGGCCACGGAGUCUUUCUUGAGGACAUGGAGCUCUUCUAGGGGCCUGGCGCACUUCCUGAAGGCUUGGAGUCUUCCUGCAUCCAUGGAGUCCUUCUUAAGGACUGGAGCCUGUGCAGGGCCACAGAGCCCCUCAGGACCAAGGAGUCACUCCUAGGGGUGUGGAGUCCUUCCCAGGGAUAUGGAGCCCUCCUAAGGACAUGGAUUCCUUCCCCGGGAGACAAAGCCCUCUCAGAACAUGGCAUCAUUCCCGAGGAAAUGGAGUCCAUCUUGGGGAAACUGAGUCUCCAGAUCUUCCCAGCAGUUCAGCAACUCUGGCCUCAGGCUUCCUUCCCAAGGCAGCAUCUGGGCUGUGCCAUGCUGUCUUGUGCUGGGAGGGGGAUUGCAGGACAGAUGGGGCUGGGGCUGGGGCGGCUGGUAUUCUGAGUUGAUGCAGGUGGAGUCUGGUGUGUCUCCAAUGAAGUAUUUGCUGGUUC